GUUUGCGCAACAAUCAGCGCGGCUCGCAGCCGCCAAAGUGUCUAGACGAGCACAUGAUGGGAAUCAACCAAUGGCUCCACUGCUCUCCUCAGGGGCCCCGUGUGUGUGUAUCUGAAGAAGAAAGAGAGUGAAACGGCGAAAGACCAUCGAAGAAUCCCAUUAAUCUCGCUCGAAACACGGAACGAAACCAUCAAGACAUCCCACGUCCGUCUAUCCACUCGGAACGACCGCUUUGCCGUCGCAACACAAUCAUUUUCUUCUGCGAGGAGCGCGUGGAACAUGAAUAAGGAUUAUAGUGAGAUCAAUUCAUGUGCUCGGCGUCAUUAAACUGCUGCAGAAGGUUUGCUUGGAAAAAAAAGUCUAUUUCUGAGAUUAUCGAAGAUUUUUUUCUGCAUAUCGUGCAUUUCGUAUUGUUCAACAAGAAGUUUCUCAUAUUGUUGGGGAAUGUUUACAGACUGGAUGCACCGCUCCUCACGCAGUGCACUAUCAUUAUUAUAGCCAUCCAUUUGCUACAGUGCUGAUAUAUUGUAGCAGCGGAGUCUAAUGUUGGGCUUUGCUCAGGCUCUGCUUGGCUGUGCAUGCGAGCACAGAUCAUUGAUGUCGCACAGCGAGCGCACGAGCGUUUGGAGUCUCCGCGGUUCUGACCAAACAUAGGAAAAACGGAUGCAAACUGUUUAAAUUGUCGUAUGUUCAGGACGAGACGCACGGGUCUGGUUCGGCGACUCUGGAGAAGCCGUUUGGUCACCGCAGGUAAAGAAGGGGGCGAUGGUGGUCCGGAUGACUGGAGUGACAGCAACCCCGAGAAGAUCCCCAGAACGGAAUACGCACCGGCGGGAAACAAUGCAGGCUCCUGCAGCAAACGCGUAGAGGAACACGAUGAACCGGAGAUCCUUAUUGAGCACGAUGGACCCCUCAACGAGGGGAGCGAGGGCAGGACGGUAACAUGCUGUUUAUUUAGAGACCUCCCCAGAGGCAAAAACAGACUCGCUUGUCGCCUAGAACAUAGGAAUCACAACAACUAUAGCAGUUUGAGUGGCAGGGAACGGAUAAAUGGUGCCGUGACCGAGCAAGAACUCAAGAAGUGCACUUAUGCGUUUCUCAAAAAGUUGAAAGAGAAGUCUCUUGAUGUUUUACUGGAAGCUGUGGAGUCUCAAGGCGGGAUGCCAAGUGGAUGUGUUCUGGUUUCACAGACUGAAGUGCGAAUUGGAGGUCAGCUGGUGUCUCCACAGUACCUGCUGUGUCGGCUCUUCCGCUGGCCAGACCUUCGGCUCUCCUCUCUCCUCAAACUGCUCUGUCACUGUCAGAGCUUCAGGGCAGAGGACAGCCAGACCCUCUGCUGCAACCCUCAUCACUACAGCCGUGUCUGUGGACCAGUCAAGGAUGACACACCGCCUCCUCCCUACUCCCAUUUCUCCCCCUUACCAGAACACAAGCCACUGAAUUCUUCCCUCCCAGUGCUGCCUUACAUAGAAACCGAAGCCACACGUUCACUUGGUGGCAUGUCGCUGGACUAUUCAGAUGCCAGUAUGUCUCCCUCCUCCUUGGCUCAGAACCACUGGUGUAACGUGGCAUACUGGGAGCUUCGUACACGCGUGGGCCGUCUGUACCCAGUUCAUGACGCCUCUCUUAGCAUCUUCUAUGACCUACCUCAGGGUACAGGCUUGUGCUUGGGCCUGCUCCCCCUCUCUCCACGUUCCACCUCCGUCCAGCGCACCCGUGGCAAAAUCGGACACGGCAUCCUCCUCAGCAAAGAGCCAGAUGGAGUUUGGGCCUACAAUCGCAGUCAGCACCCUAUUUUUGUGAAUUCCCCGACUCUGGAACAUCACCCCUACCUGAGUUUGACUGUGAGGAGAGUCAUGCCAGGCUACUCCAUGAAGGUUUUUGACUAUGAGAAGUCGUGCCAAAUUCAACCCCCCAGCGAUUUGGUGCACAUGGAAGGGCCAUACGACCCAAACAGUGUGAGGAUCAGUUUUGCCAAGGGCUGGGGACCGUGCUACUCAAGACAGUUUAUUACAUCAUGCCCAUGCUGGUUAGAGAUUUUACUGAACAACCACAGAUAACGUAUACACAUGAACAAAUCCAUACGUAUACAUCGCUCUUACCACACCCUGCACACACUCACUACAAACUCUCCGAUGCCCACAGCCACAAUCCCAAAUGUAAUCUAUCUAAAUUUAAUAUAAAGUUUUAUAUAAACGUAUUAUAUGGAGUACUUGUAAAUACUGAGUCAUUUUUACAACAUAAUUAUUUAUGUAUGGUGCAAUGUCUUUAUGGAUGGACAGAGGAAAUAAAAACAAAAGAAAUGCAUUUCG